GCAUGCGUUGCAAAAUUUUUAAUUGCCAAAAAAUUGAUGAGCGAAUCGGAGGUGCAGCAACGAGUAAAAAGCGAAGUAGCAAAUUUGUGAAAAUAAGUGUCUAAAAGUCAAGAAUUUUCUUUUAAAUUUAAAAUACCCUUUCUCGUUAAGUAAAAGGUAUAUUUAAUAUUGACGGGAAAAGAGUACGCGAUUGAAAAACUACGUGGAAACGACGCUGAAUUUUUAAGGCUAGAGGAAGAAGCAGAGCUGUAAAAGCAGAAGAAAAACGCAGUAGCAGCGUUAUUGGCAGGGGCAGAAACGCAAUAAUAGCCUGUGAAGAAUAGAUAAACUAGGCGAAAAUCUAAACACAUACGUUGAACGUGAAGUGUAUAGUGAAGAAAAGAAAUAUAUUUUUAAUUUAAAUAAUUUGACGUUCGAAUAAAAGCUUCAAAACGGCAGCACCUACCACAACCUUAACGCCAAUAACUCCAAUACUAAUGGAGAAGCCGAAGGAAUUGAUCAUCGAGCCAAAAAGCGAACUGCGCUUUGUAGGUCCCUUUACUCGACCGGUUAUAACGGUUAUGAAAAUAACCAAUCCAUCAAAUAAUACUAUGCUUUUCAAGAUCAAAACGACCGCUCCAAAACGGUAUUGUGUACGUCCGAAUUUCGGUUCACUCGUACCCUACUCGGAUGCCCGAAUUGAAAUUUGUUUACAACCAUUUGAGUUUGACCCCAGCGAUAAAAAUAAGCAUAAAUUCAUGGUUCAGAGCCUGGUUGUGACCGACCAAAAUGUUGUAGACUUCAAUGAAUUGUGGAAAUCGGCAUUGCCACAACAAAUGACGGAUGUUAAAUUAAGAUGUGUCUUCGAGAUGCCAACUGUCACAUCAGCUGCUGAUAGCAGUGUAGCUUCAGCUGGCACAAAUGAAAUAAUAGCCAAAGAGACAUUAACAAAAAUUGAAUCGGAAAAUAAAGCAAUACCAUUUCGUGAAGAGAAAGUCUCAAAAGUACUACCAUCGGAGCAACGUGAUGAGUUACUGUCUGAUAUUAGGCGAUUACGCGAAGAAAAUGAGAAGUUGGAAAGAGAAAAACGUCAUCUAACGUUGUAUUCUAAUAUAUUUCAGAAUCAGGUCGAUAAAAUUCGGGAGUCAUAUCCAAAGACGUUGUGCGAUCAGGCCUAUACACCUAUAUUGGGUGAGAAGCAAAUUCCGGUGUUCUAUAUAGCGUUGUCGAUUGUUGCGGCCAUAUUUGGUUUUCUGUUUGGCAAAUAUUUUUGAAUGCAUACAACGCAAACGAAGCGACUUUGAAGUGCGGGCACGUUUAUCAGCGGUAUAACAACAACAACAGCAGCAACAACAUAAAAUGAGAAACAGCAAAAUACACAAACAAACAGAUAAACGAUGUAAACGUAAACUAAAAUAAAACAAAAAUCUUAUAUUAAAAAAAAAAACAAAGAAGCAAAUUCAAUGAGAACAGUAAUUGCAAAAAAAAAAAAACAUAUAACUAAAGAGGAAACGAUCAAAUGAUUAAAGAUAAAUAUAACGAAGAAAAGAGAAGAAAAAAUAAUGAAAAUUAAUACAAAUUGUUGAAAGGUAUUUUUUGAAAACUUAUGAAACCACUUAAAUGGGCAUAAGCAGAGAAAUGUGCGUAAAAAUGAAGGCUUGAAAGCAAAAAAAAAUAAAAAAUAAAAAAAAAACAUUUAAACUAAGAUACACUAUGAUUUGCAAUUAAACAAUACGCGCUAAAUAGCAAUAGAACAUUUAACACAUACAUAUAUACUGAAAUAGCAAGCAAACAUGUAUAAAGCUCGGUGUAAGGUAGACAAACAAACGAACGGUGACUGAAUAUAUACAGUUAAAGGAGGGAAAUUAAUUAGAAGAAAACCAAACAAAACAAAAAAAAAAAUAAUAUAAAAUAAAUCCAAUCAAAUGUGUCUGUUAUUGUGUGAAUGCUUGCAAAAAGUAAUAUUUUUUUGUACAGCUAGCACAUGGCACCGAUUGAACGUUGGCACGGCAUUUAUUCUCAUAACUUUAUAUAUUGUGGCAACAAGUGAAAAGGAAGAGAAAAACAACAAUUUCAAAAAUAAUACAACACUAUAUAAUAUGUAAACAAGGAAUAAUUAAAUUAAAAAUAAAUAAUAAAAAUUCACUAUAAAGCAUUAGGUUUAAUAUGUAAUUGUAUGUUUGUUUAUUUUUAUUUUAUUUUAUUUUUUCAAUCAUGCUCGUACCGUAAUGUAAUAUGUAACUAGCAAUAUCUCUACUCUCGGGAUUAUUACUAUAAUAGAAUAAAGAAAUAUUAACUAAUUUGCCUUUUACGAUAUAAAAA